GUGACAGUCUAGCUUGGCGCCAUUCGUAAACCACGUUUGUUGCAGUAUUAUUUCGACAAAGUCACAAAACAAAAUUUAGUACUUCUUUUUAAGGUAGCUUCGAUCACUAAAAGAUAAUACUUGUUAUAAUAUAGAUAAUGCCUGUGCGGAGGAAGAAGAUCGGAGGCAGCUUAUCGAACCAGACGAGUCCCUACAAGAAACUCAAACUUGAUGUGGAGCACCGGUCUCAUGGCAGUGUGGCAGGAGUCGUUCUGGCGGUGGGCCAGGGAGACGUGGGGCAGCUUGGAUUGGGAGAGGACAUCUUGGAGCGAGGUCGACCCGCGCUUGUUAAAAUCCCAGACCCCAUCAUGCAGGUGUGUGCUGGAGGAAUGCAUACUGUCACCGUGACAACCCAGGGUCAGGUGUACACGUUUGGCUGUAAUGACGAAGGGGCUCUUGGCCGCGACACCAGCAGGGAGGGGAGCGAGACGUGGCCCGGCAGAGUGGACCUGCCUUACAAGAUAGUUCAAGUCAGUGCGGGCGACAGCCACUCGGCGGCACUCACUGAUGAUGGAAGAGUGUAUGCAUGGGGCACAUUUAGAGAUGCCAACGGCUCUAUAGGCUUGUCAAGUGAAGGAGGAAUCCGGAAGAGUCCAGUUUUAAUAUUGGCUGAUGUAGUGGUUGUGAAAAUUGUGUCUGGAAGUGACCAUCUUGUUUGUCUAUCCAGCCAAGGAGAGCUGUACAGCAUGGGGUGUGCUGAGCAAGGACAACUAGGACGUGUAGCGCAAUGCUUCUCAACCCGGGGCGGCAGGAAGGGAUUAGAUUUCAUCUUGAAUCCAGGUUUGGUCAGGUGCAAGAAACACAAGUCAAGGAAGAUGGUUUGCUUCUCUGAUGUGUGGACGGCACAGUAUGCAACAUACGCACAGGAGAAAGAUUCGGGCGAGAUCUACGCCUGGGGACUCAAUAACUAUUAUCAGUUGGGAUUCAAAGACAUGGAAAACCGGUUCCAUCCAGAACGAGUGGAUGUUUUUAACUCUGGUCAGACCUGGCUUCAGAUCUCUGGUGGACAGCACCACACGGUUUUACUCGACCAGAAAGGUAAAGUGUAUUGCUUGGGUCGAGCGGACUAUGGUCGACUGGGAAUUGGCGAAGAUGCAAGAGAGGCUGAUGUUCCCACACUGGUGUCCAGUCUCGCUCACCAGCGGUGUGUGCAGGUCGGUGCGGGCGGCUGCGUGUCAUUCGCUGUUGAUUCACAAGGAUCUGUCUAUGCUUGGGGCAUGGGCACCAGUAGACAGUUGGGGACAGGCGAAGAGGAGGACGAUGUGUACGUGCCCAAACAAGUGGAAGGAAAACAGCUUUCAGACAGAUGUGUGGUGAUGGUGGACGCUGGAGGGCAGCACAUGGUCCUACUCGCUCGAGACAAGAAUGGACACUGACACCCAUCUGUGGAUAAGAAACAAAAAAUUGCUCUCUCUCUCUCUCUGUAUGUUGUGGGUAACUGUCCCAGUUGUAUUGCUGGACACGAAUGAUUGGUCAUAUGGACACGAUUAUUGAUCUAGACAGAGUGCCUUGAUACCGGAGAAACGAGAUAUUUCAAUAAUGUGUAUGUGGAUCACAUUGGUGUGAUUGCAUUGUUGACAUUGAUACAAAGAAACAAACUAUUCGUGUAAUGUAUACGUCAGUGGUGUCACUUCUAUUGCUCUGAUAUCGGGAAAUAAAUUAUUUCAGUAAUGUGUGACUGAUGUCACUUCGAUUGCAUUCAGAGUGAAAGUGAUCUAGAACGACAACACACAUAAAUAACGAUAAGUCAACCCUAUUUUGUAAUAAAGUUGGCAACAUUUGGUAUGGCACUUUGCAUAAGUAGGAGUAAGACUUUUGACUCGUUAUUGGGAAUACAAAGUAUACAGUAAAGGCGACAUCACACAAAAGUGCCAUGUACAAGAAUAGCCCAUUGUCUUGUCACAAACAGCUAAUGUCAUACAUUGAACUCCACUCAAUGCCAUAAAAUAGAUUAAAUCGUGCAGAUCAUAGUUACAAUGGUUAUAGUUGACCUUUACAUUGAAUUUGACCUAUAUUUUUAUUAUUGAGUGAUUCUCCUGCGUUUUCCGCCACUGAAUACAACGUAUGAAGACGUUUUGAUGACGGACAUGACAAAUUAAACAGAUUUCCUUGUUUAGAAUAUCAGUGUAUUUAUAAACAAGGUGUUUGGUGUCAUUGUAAUACUUGUUAUGUACAAACAAUUAUGUAUUAUGAAGUAAAAUGAAAAGUGACUGCUACAAACAUUAGCUCAUGGCCGCAGACACAUUGACACUGGUAUUUUAAACAAGAACAUGAAUUUAAUGUUUAAUUUUAGCCGUCAACAUGACUGUUGGUUGGAAACAUCUUAAAAGUGCUGUAAACUCGGCACAGUCCCUUUAAAUUGCCAAAAUGCUAAAUUGGAAAUGAAGUUAAACCUAUUCUUUAUAGAGAUUUAGUUUUCUCAUCAUUUCUUUGACUAACUCAAACUUGAAUUUGGCUACAGACCUUUUUUUCCCUUGGAAUAUACAGCAUGCACAAUACAAUAGAAACGUGUUGAUAUAAGAAACCUGCAAGAAUGUAUUAAUAUGGUAUAAAGGCUCUCCUGUGUGACGUAAAGUCAACAUAAAUCUGUAAAUUCUUUCUGUAUAUUUUUAAAAAAUAAACUAUUUGUAAAUAGUUAUAAAAUAUAAACACAUAACAAUUUUCAUUCUAUACAAUUAGUUUUGUCCAUGUAUUCAUUUUUAAUUUCAAAUUUAAUUGCUCUUCUAUAUUGUAAAAGUAUAAUCUUUAUGUUGGAAUUCAGUUAAUAUAUGUUAACUUGUGUCUUUUUAUUGAUAUGUAUAUUGUUUGGCAAUUAACAUUAUAACUGGAUUUUUAAAAAUUGUGUUUCUUUUUUGUCUUUUUAAAAAAAAAAAAAAUUAUGCUUGCCUAAAGUAUUGUUUUUUCCAUUUAUUUGGAGUAUGACUAGAUUUCAAGAAUAUCCAGUUUAAACAAGUAUUUUAUAAUGUUUGAAUAUUUUUACAUAAUCGAAAAAGGUGCAUUAAUAGACAUGACAAAAUUUGCAUUUAUGUGAAUCUUUUAUAACUAUACACAAUGAAACUUAGCUAUAGCGACCAUUAGCGGCACUAUUAAUUUGGUCUUAACAGUGAGGUGGUCCUAAUACUGAAUUAACAAAAUUCAGGAUGAUGAUUAUUUUGUAAAUAUUAUGUACUUUGCAUCCUACUCCCACCAACUUCCUGGUUGUCGUCAACAUUAUCUCAACUGAUAACAUUGAUGGGGAUGACAGUGUAUUGGUAUUUACAUUGAAGUGCAAGAACAAUUGAGUGUUAACUCUACUUCAGUUAUUUGUCAGACUCGCCCAUUAUUGACUGGACAAAUGGCACUUCCAGUAUUUAGAGCAUUCACUGCCAAAAGACAAUACAAAUACUCCUGACAUGUGGAUCACAUAACUGAUUUCUGCUAAUCAUUGCAUGUGUGGACAGUUUCUGUGAAACAAAGCCCUACAAUGCUUCCAUAAAAACAUGUUACUCUGCGUAAUUGCUACGUUUCAGUAAGUUGUAUACAGUAAAAACAUGUUACUCUGAGUAAUUGCUACUUUUCAGUAAGUUGUAUACAGUAAAAACAUGUUACUCUGAGUAAUUGCUACUUUUCAGUAAGUUGUAUACAGUAAAAACAUGUUACUCUGCGUAAUUGCUACUUUUCAGUAAGUUGUAUACAGUAAAAACAUGUUACUCUGAGUAAUUGCUACUUUUCAGUAAGUUGUAUACAGUAAAAACAUGUUACUCUGAGUAAUUGCUACUUUUCAGUAAGUUGUAUACAGUAAAAACAUGUUACUCUGCGUAAUUGCUACUUUUCAGUAAGUUGUAUACAGUAAAAGACUGCUGUACAUUAUGAAAUUAAGUAUACCAUGGUUAUUUGUAAAUCUAAAUAAACAUACUAUAUAAUUACUUCUUUGUGUAAAUCUAAAUAAACAUACACUAUAUAAUUACUUCAUUGUGUAAAUCUAAAUAAACAUACAACUGUAUAAUUAUUUCUUUGUGUAAAGCUAAACAAACAUACACUAUAUAAUUAUUUCUUUGUGUAAAGCUAAACAAACAUACACUAUAUAAUUACUUCUUUGUGUAAAGCUAAACAAACAUACACUAUAUAAUUACUUCUUUGUGUAAAGCUAAACAAACAUACACUAUAUAAUUACUUCUUUGUGUAAAGCUAAACAAACAUACACUAUAUAAUUACUUCUUUGUAUAAAGCUAAACAAACAUACACUAUAUAAUUACUUCUUUGUAUAAAGCUAAAUAAACAUACACUAUAUAAUUACUUCUUUGUAUAAAGCUAAACAAACCUACACUAUAUAAUUACUUCUUUGUAUAAAGCUAAAUAAACAUACGAUAUAAUUACUUGUUUGACCAAUACAUGUACUUAACACCAUGGUGAGGACCACCAUGCAAAGUAUUAUACAUUAUUUAUUGUUUGUUGCUUGUCUGACAUGGUUGUGGUUGCAUUUUGGGCUCAAAAUGUAAUAACCAGGUGAUUUUAGCACCGGAAUAUUUGUUUCUAUAAAAUAAUCAUAAAAUAUUGCAGUCUUUAAAAUAUUGGUCUUUAUAGCAGAGUGGUCUUAGAACCGGGGUGGUCGUUAGGUAGAUUUUCAAUUUGUUAAUGAAAUACAUUUAAAUAUUACACAACUUUACCAAUAAUAGAAUGUCAUUUGACUUCCACAUUUUAUUUUAUGUUUAGAUGUAUUUUCGUUUACUCAGUCUUUGUAUAAUGUUUACAAACAUUUGUUUUAAGAAGUUCUUCAGAACAGCUAGGUCUAAUACUGAACCCUGAGUUAAUUCAUAGAACACUGACAGUGGGAAAAUUAUGUUUUAUGAAAGUAACCAUUUUAUAUGUAUCAAACUGGUUUUAUUUUAUUAUUUUAUUCACUUAAUUUCUACACUACAUUCUAGAACCCAGUAUUUAGCAACUGACCUCAAAAGAGUACUCAGUAUUUAGUAAUGUUUUAAUGAGCCUAAUGUCAUGAUGGGUGUUCAUGUGCAACAAGUACAGUUGUUUCUGGAACUUGGUGUAGGUAUCUUUUGAAACCACAGUCUUAUACACUUAAUAUUCAGUUUUUAUUUGUACAUACUAUCUAAAAAAAAAUUAUAAUUAUUUUUUAUUUCUUUUUAUUUUUUGGUUGGGGGGAUGCUGUAAAUCGUUUUUAUUAUUUUAAAUUUUUGUAGUUUUAUUUAUUAUUUUAAAAUUGUAAUAGUUAAUAUGACAGUGGUAAUUUUCACAUCAUGUUUGAUACAGCUGCAGAAGAGCAUUUCUAUUGUCUUGAAUACUGCAUUCUGUACUCCCAAGUUGUUUCUUCUUUACAAAUAUUGACAUUUCAUCAUAAACCCAUAUCAACUCUCAUAACAUUUUUUACCAGAAAUAGAGAGAAAACAUUAUGUAAAUAAAAAUGUUUUUUUUAACAAAUUAUCAAAUUGUAUAGAUUAAAUUUUAAUUUCACUAAAUGGAUGAAAGACAAAAUGCUUGAACAGCCAAGGUAGGCAUUGACAUCGAUAUGUUACUAGUAAUCAAACGGCGGUAGUCUUAAGGUUUAACAUCAGGUCUGCAGUAAUAUAGGAAUUAUCAUUGAGUGUUAGGCCUACAGUAAUAUAGGAAUUAUCAUUGAGUGUUAAGACUACAGUAAUAUAGGAAUUAUCAUUGAGUGUUAAGACUACAGUAAUAUAGGAAUUAUCAUUGAGUGUCAAGACUGCAGUAAUAUAGGAAUUAUCAUUGAGUGUCAAGACUACAGUAAUAUAGGAAUUAUCAUUGAGUGUCGGGCCUACAGUAACAUAGAAAUUAUCAUCGAGUGUCGGGCCUACAGUAACAUAGAAAUUAUCAUUGAGUGUCGGGCGUACAGUAAUACAGAAAUUAUCAUUGAGUGUCGGGCCUACAGUAACAUAGAAAUUAUCAUUGAGUGUCGGGCCUACAGUAACAUAGAAAUUAUCAUUGAGUGUCAGUACUACAGUAAUACAGAAAUUAUCAUUGAGUGUCGGGCCUACAGUAACAUAGAAAUUAUCAUUGAGUGUCGGGCCUACAGUAAUACAGAAAUUAUCAUUGAGUGUCGGGCCUACAGUAACAUAGAAAUUAUCAUUGAGUGUCGGGCCUACAGUAACAUAGAAAUUAUCAUUGAGUGUCAAGACUACAGUAAUAUAGAAAUUAUCAUUGAGUGUCAGUACUACAGUAAUACAGAAAUUAUCAUUGAGUGUCGGGCCUACAGUAACAUAGAAAUUAUCACUGAGUGUCAAGACUACAGUAAUAUAGAAAUUAUCUUUGAGUGUUACGUCUACAGUAAUAUAGAAAUUAUCACUGAGUGUCAAGACUACAGUAAUAUAGAAAUUAUCUUUGAGUGUUAAGUCUACAGUAAUAUAGAAAUUAUCUUUGAGUGUCAAGACUACAGUAAUAUAGAAAUUAUCUUUGAGUGUUAAGUCUACAGUAAUAUAGGAAUUAUCUUUGAGUGUCAAGACUACAGUAAUAUAGAAAUUAUCUUUGAGUGUUAAGUCUACAGUAAUAUAGGAAUUCUGUUUGAGGCCCAUAGUAAUGAUGAUCUUUUAGUAUCAGGCCUACUGAUUAGUACCAUAUUUUAAAACAUCUGCACCAUUCUGUUUGAUGAUUUCUCAUAUUUGAUGUAUACUAUAUCUUAAAUGGUUUUAUCUGGUCAUUUAAAUGUAUUGUUUGUUACCUUUCUUUCUUUUUUUUCUUCUUUUUUUUCUUUUUUUAAUUUGUUGCUCCUGUUCACUGACCAUUAUUAAUGACCAUUGUAUGAUAUUUUAAUAAAGUCCCAUCACCUCUACUGUAUGUGUACUGGUGAUGCAAUGAAUCAAAAA